AAGGAGCGGAGUCCCGAAAGAAGAGAUGGGGAGGCCCGGCAGCUCUCAGUGUUGUGCCUAUGGGGGGAAUAGGUUGGACGAAGAGGACGUGCCGUGGGACGGGGCGGGUGGGGAGAGAAGGUUUGCAUUGGGCUGGGCUCGCAGCAUCAUGGAAAAGAAAAUGAGUGACAGUGACGAUGAUGUCCCUCAGCUUUCAUCUGAAGCCUUAUCUGCUCUGCAGGAGUUCUAUAUUGAGCAACAGCAGAGAGAAGACGUUAAGGCAACAGAAAGAUUUGAUAACAAUUCUCUUGGCUCAAUAGAAGAGAACUGGCAACUGAGCCAGUUUUGGUAUGAUGCUGAAACUGCGCUCCAUUUAGCUAACGAGGCUGCAAGAGCAGUUGGAAGCGGUGGCAGAAUAGCAUGUGUUAGUGCACCCAGUGUUUAUCAGAAAUUGAAAGAACGGGACAACAAAGAUUUUUCAACAUGUUUAUUGGAAUAUGACCAAAGAUUUUCUGUGUAUGGAGCUGAAUAUGUUUUCUACGAUUACAACAAUCCCUUGAACCUUCCGGCCAACCUCACAGCACACAGUUUUGACAUUGUCAUAGCAGAUCCACCCUACCUGUCUGAAGAGUGUCUCAGAAAAACUGCAGAAACCAUAAAAUACUUGACUAAAGGAAAGGUUCUGCUUUGUACAGGUGCUGUUAUGGAGGAAUAUGCUGCUAAGUAUCUUGGUGUGAAGAUGAGCAAAUUUAUUCCAAAACAUACUCGAAACCUAGCCAAUGAAUUUAGAUGUUACGUGAACUAUGAUUCUGGACUAGAUUCUGUUUCUUGACACUGCUUAUAAAGAAUUAACCAAAUA